AUGGCUCCCUCGGAACCGGCUCGUGAGCGGCAGCGACGCCGCAAGAUCACGCUCGCCUGCGAGCCCUGUCGCGAGCGCAAAGCCCGCUGCGACGGUCGCAAGCCCAUCUGCUCCACCUGCGAACACCGCUCGCUGGGACUGGAGCAGUGCAUCUACAAGGUCGGAAAUGCACGCACGGCUUGCAGUGAAGAUUACAUGAGGGCUCUUCACGAGCGCAUCCGCAGACUCGAGCAAGCUUGUGCUGCCAAUGGAGUCGACAUCUCGGCCAUCGAAGGUCACGGAUCAGAUCCGAGCGCCUUUCAGCCGGCACCGCCAUCCGCCUCGCUGGUCCGCAGUCCGACCGAGCCCAUCCUCGGCCUCGCGGACCGUCCUCCAGAACACCAGACGACUGCUGCAUCGGCCACAUCUAAAUCCACGCCUGAUCCCGAAUCUACCGAUCCCCCUCGGGGUGUCUCGGGCAUGGGAACGGUGCUCGAGGAGGACGACCUCGACGGUUCUGCGCGUCCUGGUGACGACUUUUACGGUCUCUCCUCCGCGGCCUCCUUCCUCAAGGAGGCCGCCAACUCCAUGCGUCGCCGCAAGCAGCUCGACAGUCCUCCGCACAACCUCGACGACUUUACACAGCCGUACCAGCAGUAUCAGCAAAACCAGACGCUCCCCCCACCUGCUCCUCCGCUGCUUGGCACCGCCUCUUCGUCGUCCUUGCUGCGCUUCGCCCCCGUCGACAAGUUCGCCCUGCCGCCACGGGCGCUAGCCGACCACUUUGUGCAGCGGUACUUCGAGCGCAUCUUCUAUCUGUACCCUUUCUUUGACCGUGUCGCCUUUGAGCACACAUAUCGCAGCCUAUGGAGCGCACCGGGCGAGGAUGGCCACGGCAGCAGUAGCAGUGGUAGUGGCAGUGCUUCUGGGCAUGCCACCGCGGCUACCGGUGCUACCACUGCUUCCACCAACGCCAGCGCCUCGAAGCCGCUCAAGUUUGACGGCUGUGGACUGGGAGACAGCGACGCCGGCGCCAGCUCGAUCCCGUUCCACUGUGCACUCAACGCCAUCUUCACGCUGGGCUGCUGUUUUUCAGACCUGCCCGAGGCCGAGAAGACGGCGUCGUGCGAGGUGCUCUUUAACCGGUCCAAGGCCUUUGUCGGCCUCGACUUUAUCGACGAGAACAACGUGGGCGUGGUGCAGUCGCUCCUAAUCAUCGCCCUGGUCCUGCAAGGCACCCCCUUUCCCAACCGCUGCUGGAAUGCUGUCGGCAUGGCCUGCCGCGUGGCCCAGGGCCUGGGACUGCACAGUGAGGCUGGUCGACGACCACGCAGUGCGCGAGAAAAGGAGAUGCGACUCCGGACGUGGCACGGCUGCGUUAUCAUGGAUGUUCUUGUGGGCAUGACGUUUGGCCGGCCAACCUUGUCUUCCAGCCUAUCGAUCCCGCACAGCACGUUCAGUAUGUACCCAAGCGUCGGGUCCCCGGCGCUCGAGACCAGGUCGGAGCAGUUGCGCUUCCUCUUCUUCCGGGAGAGCGUGCGGCUCAGCGUCAUCCUCGAGGGCAUCCUGCAAAAGAUCUACGAGCCGUGGAUGACACACGACAACAAUGCCAGCGGAUCCUCGACCACUGGACAGCUGCACAUCCACCACAGUCUGGACACGAUCGUCGAGCUGCAGGACCAGCUGACCGGCUUCGAGCAGUCGGUCGCCCCGUAUUUGUCAUGGGUCACACCAGAAACGCCCGACAAUGUUUCAGCAGAAGACCUGCACGUGUUGGAGAUGCAGAAAAACGUGCUACACGCCAGGUUCGUCUACAUGCAGCUCAUCAUGCACCGCCCCAUCCUGACGCAGCUAGUGGCGCCCGAGGGCACGGCACAGCACGGCAGCAGCGAGAGCCGACAUGAGCACAGAGCGGCGGCAGGCUACACGCCGCUGUCACGUGACGGGCUGCACUACGCGUUUGCGCUGGAGUGUGCCAAGGCGUGCGUGGAGGCGGCGAAGCGGUUGAUCCUGCUGGUGCACCGCACGUACCUAACGGACCAGACGGACGCGUGGUGGUGGAAUGUCUUGUACACGUGCACGGCCGGGCUGGUUCUGAUUGUGCUGCGCCUGUGUCCGGACUUGUGGCAGAUGCUGGACCGGGACGAAAUCGCAGAGCUGUGGGGCCGAUGUCAGUCGGUGCUGCAGCAGCUGGCAUACUUUAGCGUGUCGGCCCGCAAGUCGAUGACGCUGCUGCUCAAGGUGAACGAAAACGUGCUGCUGAAGCAGGCCGCCAUGGAGGGUCGAGGUGGGGAGGGCGAAGGUAGCAACGACGUCGGCGCCACGGCGAACAUCAACAGCCAACAAGCAGUGGAUCCGACGCUUGACCGGGACCAGGACGCUGCCGAGGCCCAGCUGCAGGCCCACGUCGACGGCAUGAUGGCUCAGCUCGACCCGGCCGGGAUGAGCCUCGACAGCGCCUUUUCAUUUGCACCGCUCUUCAACUGGGACCAAAAUUUGGACUUUAUGCUGGCGGCCGACCUGGCGGGCAGCAUGCACGCCAUGGCCGUCUGCCAGGCGAGCAAGUCGAUCUACGAGCUGUUCGACCGCCCAUUCUUCCUGGCCCAGAGCCACAGCACCGUGUUGACCGCGGACGAGAAUCUCUCGUCGGCCGGCAUCCGCUGGGGCGAGCGGUGGCGCAACUUUGGCAGCGUCUGGGGCUACGUGGCAUUUAACGUCGUUGUGGCCAUCUCGCCGUAUUACAUCUUGCAGGUGCGGCGGUGGAGCAUGCUGGAACUGUCGCUGUGUCGGAAGAAGAAAAAGCAGAAAAAGCAGUGA